AUGUACGGCCUCCACGCUCCCACCAUCACUCGCAGCGAAUUCGACGGCUCCGACACCCAACUGGCUCUCGCUCUCAAGCUCGCCGCCGCAAGAAAGAGCGGUAGCACAACACCUACUUCUGGCAGCACCACUUCGUCUACUCGCACAUCCCUUGAUGAGCAAGACAACAAGAAGAGGAACAUGCAGCAGAGCACUGCGACUCCCGGGCAGAAGAAGCGUCUAAGCAUGUUCAAGGCUGCGGCCACGGUUUUCUCGUUGAAAUAG